AUGGCUGCGAAAGAUCCACAGUCUGUCCUCGAUCUGUUCCGUCGAUCAGUGCAAGAAAGUGCCGGCAGACAUGCCGUAGAAGAUGGCCAAAACUCCGUCUUAUCAUACCGGCAGCUAGACCUCGCUUCCUCAAAAUUGGCGCAAUAUCUCCAGCAGUGCGAUGUGAACGUUGGGCAGCCAAUUCCAUUGCUGGCGACUUCCUGUUGCGAUAUGGUUGUGGGAAUUUUGGGCAUCCUCAAAGCCGGAGGGUGCUAUGUACCACUUGACCGAGCACAAUGGCCACCAGAAAAGAUAGACUCGAUUCUUGGGCGCAUUGAUGCAGACUUGAUCGUUUAUACAGGCGUUCAGCCCGAUAUCCGGACACGGGAAGUCAGAUGCGUCAGUGUCGAGGAUGUUUUAACCAAUUUCCCUGCCGUGGAAACUGUGAAAUCUCUGAAUGACGACUUUUCAAAACGAAUGUGCAUAAUCUUCACCUCCGGGACAACCGACAAACCAAAGGGCGUCAUUCUGACACAUGCCUCGGUGCUCAAUCUCGUUUCAUCCCCCCCAUUUAAUUUUGCGAUAUCCAAAGGCGACCGGAUGCUUCUUGUACUCUCUAUGGCGUUUGACGCUUUCAUGGGUGCGCUCUUCAGCACCAUAUGUAAUAGCGGGACAGUAGUCCUCGCCAGUUCUGAGACUAUCCAGGAACGUGCGGUCACAGCGAAUGUGUUUGCUGUCACUCCCUCUAUCCUGGAUGUUUUGAGCUUGCCAACACAUAGUACCGACUAUCCGGAGCUCAAGCGCGUUAUUCUGGGGGGCGAGACCCCAUCCCAGAGACUCAUCGAGGGCUGGUCUUCUGCAAAUGUUGAUUUCUGGAUUGCGUACGGGCCAACAGAAGCUACAUGUACCAUCUUAACGGGCCUUUUGCAGGCAGACAGAAAGACUGGCCGCUACCACACUACCCGACUUGGUCAAUCCAUUCCAAAUUCCACCAUUACGCUUGUUGAUGAAAAUUUGCAAGAAGUCAGUGAUAUUGGUAUCGAAGGCGAGAUAUUCGUUUCGGGUCACUGCCUAGCAGAAGGCUACUGGGGUGACGAGAGAUUGACAGAGACCAAGUUCAUCCAGUAUCAAAACGAUAGAACAUAUCGCACAGGUGACAUGGCUAAGUGGGUGAUCACCGAGUCGGGGUCCCGAAUGCUAGAGUUCCUUGGCCGAAGGGAUCGGAUCACGAAGAUCCGAGGGUUCCUCGUCAACCUCUCCCAGGAUUUAGAUGCCAAAGUCGUGCAGCUUGACGAACAUAUCACGUUCUCUUUUUCGCUCGUUCUCAACGGAAUGUUGGUCUCUGUGGUUGGUCCAGAGGACGUCGAUACAGAAACGCUUAUUGCCAGAUGGAAAGCGAUAUCACCAGCUUAUAUGGUUCCGGAUCAUCUCGUGGCCCUUAGUCAUCUUCCAAUGAUGAAUGGCAAGACUGAUGUCAAGGCCCUCAAGAGAGUCUUGAGCGGAAACCUACCUUCGACUGUUAAUCAUGUUGGAAGUGUCACAUGCACUCUGGAUGAAGCGAUAAUGAUGGCACUUUCCCAUGUCACCAAUAUUCCAAUCGAUCAUUUUGACACCAAAAAGUCGGCCGUGAACUACGGAGUACAUUCACUGACUGCCAUCAAAGUAUCCACGCUUUGCCGUGAGCGUGGAUUCACCGUCCCUGUUCGGGAUAUCCUCCUUGCGCCGUCCAUACAAGCUCUGAUAGAUCAUUGUGUCACCAAAGGUCCAACUGCUCCCUCUCAUAUUCAAGCGUCAUAUCGAACUGAAGAGGUAGCACUUACUCCUCUACAGAGAGGGCUCCUUCUUGCCACUCUAGAGGACCCAAGUGUGAACUACGUGCAACAUAUUUCACAUUAUGCCACAAGCGAUAUCCCCCGCAUCAGUGCAGCAUGGGAGUCGCUCGCCUUGACAGAACCAUUGUUCCGGAUGACUUUCAGUUGGCUACAGGCUGAGCCAACACAAAGUCUUCAGCUGCGUCCUACAUUUAAUUGGGACGAGAUGGUUGUCAAUACGCAGCAGGAGAUCAACAUGGCUCUCCAUGAAUUGACUACCCGCGCUGAUCUGGGCAACAGUUUUGCAGUCUUGCAUUGUGAAGGUGAUGAGUUAGAAUCAGGUCAGAGUAUUGUGGUGUGGACUGUUCAUCAUGCGCUUAUAGAUGGCUACUCUGCAUCACUGAUUUUCCAGAAAAUCGACAACAAGCUCCAUGGAAAACCCACUGAAAGCUCUCUUCCAUUUACGGUGGCGGUCCAGGAUAUGGAUCGCUUACGCUUGGAGACAACUGCAGAGGCGCAGGAAUUCUGGAGGGAGUUGGAGCCACUUUUUCCCAAAGCAUCUGGGGAGAUCAUAUUCCCUUCUUUGUCCCACAGCCCCCGCAAAAACGGCCAUGCACAAAUCCACGUUCCACAGAGCAUAGACCAAGACAAGAUAGAAGCCUAUGCUCGGGCUGCUAAUAUUACCCCAGCUGCCAUCUACAAUGCCGCAUGGGUGCUACUCCUCGCCAGCUACACGGGUUCAGAUGCGAUAGCCUAUGGGGCCGUUUUCUCGGGUCGCUCGCUUCCUUUCAGAUGGACUGAGACGAUGCUGGGACCAUUGAUUGAAACAUCGCCUGUGGUCGUUGAGAUCGACAGACAGCAAAAGACAGCCGACUUCUUGCAGCAAAUUCAUCGGAUCAUUCAGUAUCUGUCUAGCUUCCAUGGCUCACAUCUCCCUUCUAAUAUUCCAUCAUUUUCCACCACCGUUACUGUCCAAGACAAGGAAUCUGCGAAAGGAUUAAGCGCUGUCAAACAGUUUCGUGAGCCAUAUUUCCGAAAUACCGCAGCCACUCCUCUUAAUCUGGUCGUCAACCCAGAUGGCAAGAUCAGCAUUUUCUAUAGGACUGAAAGCUUCCUACCUGCACUGAUUGAAAAUGUUGGAGCUGUCUAUAGCAACCUCCUCUCUGUUAUCUUGUGUGACCAGGUUACUGUGCAGAAGUGCCUCGACCUGAGGUUUCCUCUCCAAAUGCGGCAAAGCUUGCUGGCCACAGGCAACUUUGGAUCAUCAGCUAGCAGGAACUGCGAUGCAGCGAAGACUAUCAGCGAUCUGUUUCGAAUUGCUGCGAACCAGCACUCCUCCAGAGCGGCAAUCCAGCGGGCGGACAUCACGCUGACCUAUUCCAAACUCUCUGGCCAUGUAGACAAGGUGGCUGCUAUAAUUUCAUGUCUUGUUCCACCCGGAAAAGUGGUUGCAGUCUUAGCGGAUCGUUCCAUUAAUUGGAUUGUGGCUAUGCUAGCAGCCAUGCAAGCAGAUACAAUCUAUUGUCCAGUGGACGGAUCUUAUUCUGCGGAAUACCGUACCCAGCUUCUUGAGCGCGGUGAAGCACGACUUUUACUCGUUCCGGACAGCUUGCAGAUUUCCGUAGUAGGCCAAAAUGGGCCGUUGACGCUGGCGAUCGACAACAUCCUUAACAGCUGCAGCGGCCCAGUAAACCUGCCGAUCAGAGGACCGCGGCCAAGCUCGACAGCAUACAUUUGCUUUACUUCGGGAUCUACUGGUCAACCAAAAGGUGUACUAUGCCGACAUCGAAGUAUUGUUGCCUUAUACGCUGCACCGGCUGCCCGGCCCACAAGUCAUCCUGGCGUACGAAUUGCGCAAAUGCUUUCUCCUGGCUUCGACGGCUGCAUACAUGAGAUCCUCUCCACAGUCUGCUUCGGAAGCACUUUGGUACUCCGGCGAGAACAAGACGAUGUUUUCUCUCAUCUUCAAGACGUGGAUGUUGCUAUUUUAACCCCAUCCGUAGCCUCAGAGCUGAGCCCAGAAGAUUAUCCGAACUUGAAAUCGGUCCAUUUCGGAGGAGAGCCUGUGCCAGAGCCGUUAGUCGAACGAUGGGCAGCAGGAAGAACACUGUACAAUAUUUACGGGCCCACAGAGACUUCCCUUCUUGUCUGCCACCACCAAUUAAAGCCUGGCGGUACGGUGAGCCUUGGUCGUCCUUUGCCGUCAGCAAGAAUUUACAUUCUCAACGAGCAACUGGACCUUCAGCCUCCCUUUGUGGUCGGGACAAUCUUCAUUGCUGGUAUUCAAGUAGCUCAAGGCUACCACAACAUGGAGAAGAAGACAUCGGAGGAGAUUCUUCCCGAUCCAUUCUGUGGGAGCUCGACAAAAGAAAUGAUGUUCCGCUCCGGUGACCUUGGGUUCUGGGAUGAGCAGGGAAAUCUGCAUUGCUGUGGUCGUAACGAUCGCCAAGUCAAAAUGCGAGGCUUCCGAAUUAACUUGGAUGACAUCACAACAGUCGUUCUUCAGAAAAUGCCAUCAGUGCGCAAAUCGGUUGCGACAGCAGAAAAUGGUGUUGUGGUGGUCUGGGUUGAGCCCAAAGAAAUUGAUACAGAGCUCCUCAAGCGAAAGCUUUCCCAAGCGCUACCACCCCAUGCUGUCCCCCAAAAAGUAUUCGCCCUCGAGAGGUUGCCUCAAACACAGAAUGGGAAGGUUGAUACAAAAACCCUCACGUCACAUGCACCGACAUGUCAGACUUCAGGGAGCAAUGAGGCUCUGACUUCAGUGGAGAAGACCAUUGCCGAAGAAUGGCGACGACUCUUGGCGCUGGACAAGACACAUGACAUAUCCUGCUUCGACAAUUUUGCCGCGCUAGGAGGGCAUUCUUUACUACAGUUAGCGCUCGUGGCGCGACUGAAGAAGAUUUUUCACAUUCCCAUCACCGUGAACGAUGUCAUCCGAGCAUCCUCACUCCGAGGUCUGGCCAACCAUAUCCAAACAUAUGAUAGCGCGCAGUCAAACACUAUCUCGGGGGAUUUAUUGGGAGAUCAGAGCAGGUCCCUCGGCCUGGAUGACCCUUCACCUGCCGAGCUUGAAUGGAUCCACCGCCACCAAAACUCCGAGGAGAGGUCGUCAUUCAAUGUGCCUUAUGUCGCGAAGCUUUCGAGCAAGAUUGAUCAACAGCUGCUCAAAUUGGCCCUGGAGAAAGUUUUGAACCGACAUCGAAUUCUACGGUCUAGGUUCACGACUCAAGAAGGGAAAACAAAACGCUCCCUCUCACCAAAUGCCAUCAUUGUGCCUCUCAUGGAUGAUGUCGAUAUAACAGCCUUUAUCCAGCAGUCCUUCAGGCUCGACAGUGAAGAUCUCAUUCGGGUUAUUAUCUCCUCCUCGACGCUCGUCAUCUGCGCUUCUCACGUACUCUUCGAUUUGACAGCUCUCAACGUGAUUCUGCUGGAAACAGCCGAUGCAUACCACGGAAAAGAACUAGAGCCUCCCAAACACGAAUACUUCGAAAGUACUGUUUGGAAUCAGCCCAUUGGGUCAUCCUGUGCCUCAUUCUGGCCAAAAUACUUGGAUGGACUCUCUUUUCUUGAUUCUACUCCAGUGGGCUUAGGUACACAAGUAGCACCCAGGCGGUCUUACCGCGGAGCAUCUGUGAUGCAGGCUAUUCCUUACUCGCUCUAUAAGCGAUUUCUCGCGCUGUCAUCCCGAACUGGUAUUACCUUGCAUCAAAUUGGCUUGGCGGCGGUUGGAUUUGUGCUUCAUGCUCUCUGUGGACGGGAUGAUAUCCUUUUAGGAGCUCCGUAUAUGAACCGCCCCGAUAUGAGGGACAUGUCAAUGGUUGGACUGUUUCUGCAACCUCUUCCUGUGAGGGUCAAGUCAAGUAGUGAUAAUCUCACGACGGAGGAAGCUCUCUUUCAAGUUCGCGCAUCAUCUCAGUCCGCACUAGCGCACGCAAUUCCCUGGCACCAGCUAUUGAACCUGUUAGGUCUGCCAUUUUUACCCCCAUCACUUGCCAAACAAAGGCAGCAGCAACCACUCUUCGAUUGCGUGGUCACAUUCCAUGACCAUCGUGUCCGAGAAAAACACAGUCGCGCCUUUCCUAUCGAUGGUGUGACACCGACUCCCAUUUCGGCGAAAGGUGCCAAGUUUUCUUGUCUCUUUGAAUGGCAAGCUGAAAAUGAUGCCUUGAAUAUUCGCUAUGAGUACGAUACAGACGCGAUGCCCGCGGCGUUCAUCACAGUGAUGCAGUCUAUGAUUAUCUGCUGCUUGGAGCGCUUGCUGGAUUCAAAUUGUUCGAUGCAAAACCUGCGCACGGAAAUUUUGCAGGUUUUGUCGAAGGAAUGCCGAUUACGAGAUUUACAGGUGUCCGAUGCACAUCGAUUGGCCAAAGUCUUCCUCAAGGGAGUUUGA